GUCUAUGGUGAUCAAAGAAAGGCGAAGCUAAACAAAAGGAUAGCAUGUAGAUGCCGUUUAUUGUUUUAUUUGUAAAAUAAUCAUAAAAAUUUACUUAAAAAUCUUAUAUAAAUGUUGCAAUUAAGUGAGAUUGUAAGUUAUAAUCUGUGUAUACCAUACAAGUUCAUAGAAUGAAACACAAUGCAUCGUGUAAUGGAGGCCAUUAGGAGUAAUAAUUAUGUAUAUUGGCAUACUUAUUCCUCUGCAAACCAACAUAAUCACUUUUAAAGUUACGUACAGUGAUUACCAAUCAAAAUGUUAUUGAACAUUACUUAGUGAAAUGUGAACGAAUACGACUAGUGUAAAUAACUCAUUACACGCGAACGAUGGCCCAGAACCAAGGAGAGGUUCAAGUGGGAACGACAAGUCAACCUGUGAAAGACAAAGAUAUCUACGCUUGCCUUCCUGAUAUGCGAAUUAAUGGCCCACUUGGGCCUGAUGAACCGUGCCCAGGAGGUGAAGAGCUUCGGUGGUUGCCUGCGCAAGCAACCGACCGAGAUCUUGUGAUGUAUUUGAGAGCUGCUCGUUCAAUGGCAGCAUUUGCAGGUAUGUGUGACGGGGGAUCCCCUGACGACGGUUGUGUGGCCGCUAGUAGGGACGAUACAACUAUCAAUGCACUUGAUGUUUUACAUGACUCUGGGUAUGAUCCUGGCCGUGCACUGCAAGCUCUCGUAAAGUGUCCAGUGCCCAAAGGUAUAGAAAAAAAGUGGUCUGAAGAGGAAACCAAACGUUUUGUAAAAGGUAUUCGUCAAUUUGGUAAGAAUUUUUUUAAGAUCAGAAAGGACUUAUUGCCCCAUAAAGAUACAUCUGAAUUAGUGGAGUUUUAUUACUUGUGGAAAAAGACACCUGGUGCUAGUAGUAAUAGACCUCAUAGACGACGUAGGCAGGCAUCUUUGAGACGUGUACGUAAUACAAGAAAUUCAAGGGCUGGUACACCCAAAGAACAGACUCCUGAAACUACACCAACUCUACCAGAUACAAAUGGUUCUCGACCUUCGCCCAAUCAGAAAGAGGCUGGAGAAAUGAGUUCAGUUACGGAAGAUGAGAAUUCUGAAGAAGACAGUGAUUCUCGAGAUGCUGGUGAUUUAGCUAAAGCUGAUAAUGGUAGAAUAGAUAAUCCUGAUGACUCUCCAAGCAGAAUGAGAACUAGAAAUAAAUCUAAAGAACAAACAACUCCAAAUGGAAAGAAAGGACCAGAUGAAAGUGACAGUGAUUCUAAAUCUAAAGCAAAACCUAAUAAACCAAUAGCACAAAGUACAAAUAAUAAUAUUACUGAAAAAGUUAUAUCAUCACCUGUUAAUAAAGAUGUGAAGAAGAAAGUGGCAAACGGCAAAGUAGUGGAUGCCUCUAAGGUUAAGAAACGUCUUCCAGAUGAUUCAAAGCUGGAAGGUAUAAUGGAUGGUGAUGUGCAAAUGAAAAAGAAAAAGGCUGCAGAACCACCUGAAAGCCCAUCAGAUAGUCUUACAAAUGAUAGUUUCCCUGCUAUAGAUGAAACUGAAACUGCAGAACCUGAGCCAGAAGCUUGUGAUUUCAGUUUUAAUAAAAAUGAUAAGGAAAAUUUGGAACAAAACAAAGAAACUGAAUCUGAAAAAUCUAACUCUAAAAUUACUGAGCCACAGAUUAAAAUAGAAGCAAACUCUGAACCCAUAAUAAAAUCUGAGAAAGAUCCUCUCCUUCCAGUUUUUAAAGUUGCACCUGAAAAAGAAGAUAAAAAUGUACUAGAUCUUAAAACAGAUUCUGUUAUAUCUAAGAAUACUGAUAAUGUUGAGCCAAGACCUCUCACAAUACCCAAUGCCAUAUUUCCAAAAACUGAACUUAUUAUUCCAAAAGUUACACCAAUGUCUACUGAAGCUAUUGAAAAAAUAAAAAUCAAAGAAGAAAUAGAUACAGAAGAACAAUCUCUUAAUUUACAAAAAGAAGAAUUUCAGAAAGAUCCACUAUCUCACAAUUAUUCUGGACAUCCCUUGAGUCAACCCAAUAAACCUUUAAAUUUGGAUAAUUCCAAUUUCUUUAUAAAGGAUAGUCAUAUAUACAAUCCUAAACUUAAUCACAGUAUAAAAAUUGAAGGUGGAAUGACUAAUAUAUUCAAUCCUGUAAAUAUUUCAAAAGAAAAUCCAUUAAUUAGAAAUUCGAAAGAUUAUUCAACAGGCAUACCACCAUUUUCAUAUCCUUCAAAUAUUAACUUUGGAAGUGAUCCUAAUAAACACAAUCCUCAUAUAAAUCCAUUGAAGACAGUUAUAAAAUUAGAACCAAGAGAUGAAGCUAAUGAAAUGAAGAAUCAAAAUACACCUGAAAUAUUCACUGCUACUAUAUCAACUGCAAGUAAAGUGGACUCGCCUAAUGCUCCAAGAUUAGAUACAUUGCAAAGAAUAAGUCCUUCACCAACAAAUACUCGUGGUUCAUCUCCACCUCCAAUGGAACAUCCCACAACUACAAAUACAGAACCAAUUUCUCCAGCUAAUUCACAGGAUAAUAAAGAGUCUGAUGUUGAAGAUAAACAACCAACUGAUUUAAAGACACAACCAAUUCCAAAACUGGAUACACAGAAUACUAGUUUGAGGCAACCUCUUUUUCAACCUCCCAUCCGACCAGAAAACCUUGGGGUCAGAUCAACAGAACCACCGAACACACCUGUGUCUGGACAAACUAUGCCUCCACCACCUCUUAGCCAACCUUCUAUUGCUGGUUUGUUACCACCAGGUCCUUUAAUAUCUGUGGGUAGUGGAUCAAAUGUUGGACCUUAUGGAUUCAUGCCAACUACCUUAUAUGGACAUCCAGGUCAUCCUGGUCUAGAAAAAAGUAGUUCUAUGCCUUUAAUACAGCAAGUUCCACCAUCACAUGGUCUUCCUAGCAGUAACUUAAUACAGUCUUCUGCUAAUCAGAAUGAUCCAUCAAUGCCACAGGACUUGAAAAUUAAACAGGAAGUGCCAGAUAAUUUACCUGCAAAUUUAUCUACACAGAGUGUUUCAGAUCCAUUGCAAUCACUAAAAGAAGUGAAAGUUCCAGGAUAUCCAAUUGGCAGUGCCAUAGCACAACAUUUAAGCACUGAAAGAGAUAGAGAAUCAAUAUCAAGUGUUGAGAAUAAUAGUCGACCUCCCAGUCAACCAACAAAUGAAAAUACAAAUAUACCAAGUGCUUUCCUUGGACCUAGAAUUGAAAGUAUAAAAAAGGAACCAGAUUUUAUGCAUCAACCUCACAUUCCUUCUGCAAAUACAAGUCAGGGUAGUGGGUCAGAUUCUGCAAAUGCAGUUGCUCCAGUGAAGAGUCCACACACUCCAACUCCGAUAAAAAGCCAACCAACUCACAAUGGCACUCCUGGACAUGGGCCGCAUCCAUCAGCUACAACAUCACCUUUUUCACGACAUUUAACUAGCCCAUCACAACCAAGACAAAUAUCAGCUUCUCCUGUACAACAUAAUCCUCCAGUCUCACAUUCUGCACUAAACUUAAUGAAUCCAACUCCACUUACCAUUCCGGCCACCAUACCUGGACCUGUAAUGCAUUCAGGGCAACAGUCAGGUCCACCACACCCACAUCCUUUUGCUUCACCUUUGCAUCAUCCACAUCAUCCUCUGUUACAUCCUUCCAUUUUCCAACUAUCUGCAGCUGCUGCGGCACACGCUAUGCAUCCUUAUUAUCCACAUCCACAUGCUGGAUAUUCAAUGCCCUAUCCAUAUCCAUAUGGGCCACUGCCUCAACCUCAUCCAAUACCUCCAAUGCAUCCAGCUUCAAGUACUCCAGGGCGGCAUGAUCCCGUGAAACCGUCAACAAUAGAAUCUACAACAAUGCUUAGUUCUCAUCAUAGCACCAGUUCUUCAGUUACAACAAGAUCUUUAAGAGAAAUUUCGGAGAGUACUGAGGAUCCAAGAAAUCCAAAUGCUACAACUGAAAGACAUCAGUUACAUGAGACUACAAUGACACAUCACCAUUCAACAAGUCAUCACAGUGCUGUUCAUACAAGUACAGAGAAACAACCAAGCCAUGCUGGAGGUGGAACAAACCAUACACUCUCAAUUUCUCAUUCAACAUCAAGUAGCUCGUCUCAAUCAAUACAACACAAGAUUAAUACCCAACAGAAAACUAGCUCACAUUCUAGUUCUCCUCACCAUCUUUCAGCUAGUGUCUCUCAAACUACCAGUACAUCAUCGAGUGUUAAUGUAACUAACAAUCAUACGCAUCAUCACUCGCAUCAUCUUGCACAUCAUCCUGAAAGAUUGUCACCAGCAGACUCCAUGCUUCUACGUCAUCAUCCGAAAAUACUACCAGGAAAUCCAAACCAUCUAAUGAUACAGCCUCCUUCUAUGGGCCAUCCUAUGGGUUUAGGUUUGCCUCCAGGGCCUGGACCGAGCUCUAUUGAAAGCCUUAGAUUGCACGCUCAAGCAGCAGCGGGAUUACAAGCAGCACAUCCUAGAUCAGGUUCACCUCACCAACUUCCACAUGGUCAUCCACACUUAAGAGGUCCUCAAAGACCGAUACCGGAAGAUAACCCAGAAUUAAAGUUGGAAACACAAUCACAGCCAGAAGAAGAAGAAAUUCCCAGUCCUGCUCAUAUACCACAUGGCCCAAGUCCAGAACCGAAAAUUGAAGAUACGGAGUGUCAUAGAUCACAGUCGGCAAUAUUUUUAAGACAUUGGAAUCGUGGUGAUUAUAAUUCUUGUACAAGAACAGAUCUUAUAUUUAAACCAGUACCAGAGUCAAAACUAGCUCGUAAGCGAGAAGAGCGUUUAAGAAAACAGGCCGAGAGAGAUAGAGAGGAAAGAGAGAAGAUAGCUCAACAAGCACAUAGAAAGAUAGCAACUCCAGAGAAACCUGAAACAAAACCGCCUUCUAGAGGUGCUAUUGAAACAAUAACAUCUCCUUACGAUAGGUUCCCUCGACCCCCAGGUUACCCCGAUACACCUGCAUUGCGCCAGUUGUCGGAAUAUGCACGGCCACAUGCAGGUUUCAGUCCUGGCAACUUACCAAGGCAUUGUAUGGAUCCAAUGCUACAAUACCAGCUGUCUUCUAUGUAUGGUGCUGCAGGCGCACGAGAGCGCCUGGAGCUUGAACACCUUGAGAGAGAAAAACGAGACAGAGAAAUAAGAGAACUUCGGGAACGCGAGCUAAAUGAUAGAUUGAAGGAGGAAUUGCUCAAAAAUAAUGUCGGACCACGAGCGCUGGAUCCGCACUGGCUUGAAAUGCAUAGAAGGUAUGGUAUGCCACCUCCGCCACCGCAAGGCGCCAUACCUGUACAGUUCGGGCUCUAUCCUCCCGGACACGGACCAGCAGCGCUCUCGCAAUUGGAACGUGAACGAUUAGAGCGACUCGGUAUACCACCAGCUGGUGCGUCGGGAGCGCCUCCCACAGUUCCAGUUUCGGCUGCGCCGCCACAUCAUCCGCACCAUCCGCACCCGGGUGUGGCAGCUGCACAGCUCGAAGCUGCCGAGAGACUGGCACUCGCUGCUGACCCGAUGGUGCGACUUCAAAUGGCAGGCAUUAAUCCGGAAUAUCAUGCUCAUACUCAUGCCCACACGCAUGCGCAUUCACAUACACAUCUUCAUUUACAUCCGGGCCAGCAGGCUGCAGCACAAGCACAACAGGAAGCGCUCGGGCUCGGGCUCGGUGCUGGUACCCCUUACCGGCCACUGCCGCACCCAGAUUUGCUGGGUCGGCCGUACGCAGAGCAGUUGGCGCAGCAAGCGGCCGCGCACGAGCAGCUACAGCGACAACUGUUGCUGGAGCGCGAACGAGGCUUCUUACACCCGGCACACCACGAAGACUUCAUCCGUCAGCAGCGUGAGCGCGAGCUGAAGGUGAGAGCCCUUGAGGAGGCAGCGCGUGCGUCGCGCCCGUAGUGCCCCGCCACCGCGCCGCGUCCUCUGGACUCUGCCGUCGUGAUAGUGGAGUGAUGUGGUUGUGCAGUGAAUCGUGAUGAUGUUUAUGUCAUUUUAGUGUAAACAUUUCACGUGACCUAACUUACUGCACUUGUUACAUAUUAAGUGCAAAGUGUUCACAUAUUAGUGUAUUAAAGACUCAAACCCGUUUUUUCUUAUGUAUGUGUGACGAUACAUGUAAUUUAUAUUUAUUACUUAAGUUUUGUAAUAUUUUUAUAGUUGCAUGGCCAGGUACGCUUAUAUCCAUGCUCAAAUUUAUAUUUUAACUACUAGUCAUACUUAAAUUUUUAUUUGUUAUGAAAUGGGACAAUGACAUUUUUUUCAUAGAUAACUGAAAUUAUUUUUCAUAAUAUUUAAUAGUAAUACAGAAAAACCAAGGUGCUGGUUAGCAUUCAUGUGAAUAUACACAUUUACAUAUUUUCAUUAUUGUAUCUAUGUAUAUAUAUAAUAUGUUGCGUUUUUAUGUUCAAACAUAGGUACUUAUUGUAAACGUAAUAAAAAAAUAUUUAAGUAUAUAAAUUAAACAGAGUAGGGACUGUGACUUGCCUUUCUAAUCAACUUGCCUUUACGUAAUUUACCUGUAGUGACUCUCUGUAACUCUAAGGUUGAUAGAAACAUUUGUCCCAUAGAUUAUUUACAAUAUUCUAAUGUAAUUUAUUGUUUCACUUAGUAUUUAUAUCUAGCUCUCAUGUGAAGUAAAUAAUAAGUAAAAUUUCUCACUUAAUUUGGAAAUCAUAAGCUUAUCCCAAAUAAACUACUUUGCUUUGAUUUAAAGCUAUUGCAGAAAUUACACUACUUAAUAGAAUUUUUAAACUGAAUUUAUUACAUAAAUUCUUUAUAAUUCAAAAUUGCAUUUUAUAGAAUGUAAAGGUACAAAGUAGUUUCAUGGGAUAAACCCUUACCACAUUAUUAAGUUGGAUAGAUAACUGAAUUGAUAACAGAAACUAUCUUUUUAUUCAGUAUGUUCAUAAUUCAAAUAUUGUCAUGUCUAUUUUUAUAAUACACUACAAACUUGUAAUACAUAAACAUAUACAAAAUGUAAUAGAAAGCAUUUUUAAAACAAAGAUUUUGUGAUAAUAUUAAAUAAAACCUCAUAACAUUGCAAAAUGUAAGUCUGAAGUAUGGUCAGAAUAUGUGAAAAUAUGUUUGAACUGUCCAUACCAACUGUGCGGUCAUGUGAUUAGUAUAAAAUUAUCCAAAUUUGAUUUCAUAUGGGGAAAACUGAUUAGUUCCAUUAAUACUAUUUUUGUGUUUCGGGUUGUUAUAUCCUAUGUUCCACAUUGUACAGUAGUAAUAAACGACUUUAAGUGACUUCAUAUUUCUUCACUUUACAGAAGUUCACUUCUGUAAAAUGUAUAACACAUUUUUUUGUUAAUAAAAAUAAUUUUGGCACCAUUGAAAUUGUUAUUCGUUUUGUGACACAAAAUGUUAAAUUAUUCAUUUUUACUUAGCCAAUGCUAAUUAUGCAGUAUUUUGUUCUAUAGCACAUAAAAGCAUAAAAAUGGCACUAUCUCGUAACUUUAAACUUUUCAGAUAAAAAAAUUACCUUAAUACAUAAUUACAUCAAUUUAUUAUGAACAUGGGAAAUACUAUUUUAUGCAGUAAACUUGAGUCACAUUUUACAAAGAUUUUGGUUGCCAAUACUUGUUGAAUGAGUAUACAAAAUCAUAAUAUUGCAUUUUAUAAAUUAAAUAAUUUACUUAAUAUUUUUAACACAACUUUAUUCCAAACUUUUGUUUUAUCUUCAAAUAAAGCAUGAUAUUAUGAUCAAUGUUUAGUAUACAACGAGCUUCAGAUAUGUUUACUGUAAACAUAAAAACUAAAUUUAGAUGAAAUCUAACCAGCUAGAGUACAUUAUACUAGAUCAUUUAUUCAUUUCAAAUAUCAACCAUAGAAGCUUAUAAGUAUCUUGUCAUUUGUUUAUUCAAGUUUGAUUUAAAUCCGGUGUCCUAAUGUGUAAAUACCUGAGUUUAUGUAUUAAAAUAGAUUUAAAUAAAAUGCAUUAAUAGAAAGGGUAUAACGAUCCGAUAUCCAGUCAUAGUAUAUGUAUAUAUUGAAAUUCGCACAAACCGCGCGAUUAUGCUUUCAAUUUAGUUGGACAUCAUAUUUCCGUCUAUGUCAUAUAAGUAUAUCCAGUUUUGCAAAAACUAACUAGAUUUUGGAUUGCUACAUUCUUUUUGUUACUUCCUUUGCAGGUACUGAAAACUAAAUAAAAAUUCAAAUUAUGUCAACUUUCUGAAUUUAAUUCAUAUACAACUGUGAACGUCGCAAAAUAUUGAUUUACUAAUUUGUUAUAGAUUUAAUUAUAACCUAUUAAUAUGUAAUUAAAGACAAUCCAACAAAACAGCAAUAGAACUGCAUACGAUACAAAACUUAUUACAGUUGCAUUAAAUCUUUCUAAAUUAUGAAAAAAUAUACUCAAAUGCUAAAAAAAAAAAAAACUAUUUUCAUAUCUUUUGUUAUCUUAUGUCUGUAUUAUUAUUAUUUUUUAUCACAUUACUACAAAUAUUUGCCUAAUUUAAACGAAUGUAUACUGCAAACCAGUUUUAAAAAGAGUACAAAAAUGUCAUAAUAAAUACCCAUUUGAAAUGUAUUUUAAAUGACCAUCUAUUAUACGUUUUAUUGUAAACACUCUGUCAAUUUAAAAGUGAAUUUAGCUGCGUUGACUCAUAAUUCAAUUUUGUUUUGCCAGGCCAAUUUGUGUGUUCAAAAUGUUUUUUAUGUUCUUCCUGUCACAGUUAAUAAAGUUUAAAUAGAUUAUUAACACGCAAUGAGCUCGAGAAAUCUGGCGUUUAUGUGCAAUAUGCACACGAAUACUGUUAUUAUUGUAAUGCCCUAAGGUUCUGCGCAGACGUAGGCAACUUUGGCGUACUUUUGAACGAGGAUUUUUUUUUUUAUUUUAAUAUUUAGUGAAGCAAGCGUACUCUGGGUUAUAAAAAAAAAAAGGUAACUAAUGUCUUGAAGUCUUGAAAUACAUUCUACAGCAACCAGUGAGACAAUUGAGAGGAGGAAAAUUUGGUACGAUCGUAGAUCGCGUAGGGACGCGCAAUACUUUUUGUCCCGUACGCGUGUAAUGCGGUGUAAUUGUUUAGGAUUUAUUUUACAUAAAGCAGCCCAAAGACUCCGAUGUGUGCGCAAACCUCAAUGAUAACAAAUGGUUAUAAAUCUUGUAAAUUUAAGAAUUGUAAUUUUUGCCCAGUGUACACAUUCAAUAAUUCUAUUGCACUAUACUAUAAUGUAAUAUAAAUUCCCUUUGUAACAAAUAAACCCUAUUAGAGUUGAAGUUAUAGAUAUUUAGGCAUCUAGAGUAAAAUGUUUCGCAAGUCGCUUGGUAGGUGUUAUGUUGGGUAAUGCCAUAGUUUCAUUCUGAUAUUUAAAAAGAGAAAAAUGAGUAUUAUUUUUAGAGACAAAUUAUAUCUUAAUUAAUUAAGAGGUUGCGUGUCGGUUUAAAAUUUCGUUUAUUUAGACAAUAAGGUUAAAUGGAUGUCUUAGUGCUUUUGUGUAAAUUUUUUUGAAUAAUAUAUGUGAAAAAAUACCAUUAA